AUGACAUUUUCGGCCAAUCUGUCUGCAACGAGGAACGAGAGCCGAGUGCCGCAAUUUAAACUGUUUGGAGUUGAUGCUUUCUCCGGCUAUAUCACUAUAAACGAAACGACGAAAAGCAAUCUGUUCUUUCUUCUCGUCGUGGCAAAGGGCAACAAGAGUGACGCUCCGCUGCUGCUUUGGACCCAAGGUGGUCCAGGUCUAUCUGCGCUGUUUGGACAGUUCCUUCAGAAUGGCCCUGUGGCGUUUGACUCCUCUAAAUACAACUUCACGCAAAGGAAUAACACGUUACAAAAUAACAUGAGCAUCAUUUACCUUGACUUACCUGUCGGGGCAGGCUUCAGCUUCACGGAAAACCGAACUGCUUAUCCCAAAACCCUGGAGGAUAUAAGCGACAGCGUCAUGGAAUUUCUAGAACAGUUCCUGAUGGUAUUUCCUGAAUAUACGUGUCGGGACUUUUACGUCGCUGGAGAGUCUUAUGGAGCGAGGUACUCUGUCUCCAUAGCGCACACUCUGCUAACAAGUAGAAGGAAGAUACCGCUUAUCCUCAAAGGAACAAUUAGUGGAAAUGGAUUCCUCGGCCCGAUACUCGAUACAGCGGACUCCAGCGAGUUCCGCUAUUGGACUUCAAUGGUUGACGAAAGUGGACGUCAACAGCUUUCGCAGCGGUUCCAGUAUAUGAAGAGCCUACUCCCACAAAAUGCUUCUGCGAUUCCACGUAUACUAUUCGAUACAAUAUUUUCGAGCCCUCCCGGAAUGACACCAACUUUGUUUCAAAACCUGACAUCCUAUAAUGAUUACUCGAGCCCUCUUUACACCGAAAGACCACUUUUCAUACAGGCUUGUUUCUUGUUCCUGAAUACAUCUUCACUUAUCAGAAAACAAUUUCACGUAGGAGAGAAAAGGGAAUUUCAGUACUACAACGAAGAUCUCUUGAUGAGCCUGGCCCCUGACUAUUUAAGAGACAUUAGCUCUUUAAUAGAGGGCGUGCUGAACGACUCGUCUGCUCUGUUCUACACUGGUCAAAUGGACUCACUAUUUCCGUCGGUCAACCAGCGCGCCUAUUAUAGAACUUUGAAUUGGACGUACUCGAAAGAGUAUCGCAAUGCGAAACGCUCUCCUUGGCGUCCGUCAACUUGGAGCACUUAUCAAGGCUACGCUGGCUUCGCAAAGCGAGUACCUAAUUUCACCGAAGCUGUGUUGCUAGGAAUGAGUCAUUAUGGUGCGGCCGAGAAACCGGACGAGGUGUAUUAUCUUACGAUGGAGUUCAUCAAUAGCACAGCUAGUGAGGGCUGAAUCCUUUCUGUAAAGAAUGUGGUGAAAAUGUGCACAAUGUAAUAAAGUGUAAAUUUAAACUGUA